ACGACGAUGGUCCAGCCCAAUACGGAAAAGGCCGCUGGGAUUUCGCCUUCGUCUGCUUUUACACCGUUUUCUUGUCCUUCACGCGCGAAUUCAUCAUGCACGAGAUAUUGCGCCCCGUAGCUAGCGCAUGUGGCAUCAAGUCGAAGGGCAAGCAGUCGCGCUUCAUGGAGCAGAUGUACACAGCGGUCUACAUAUCCUUCAUGGGGCCUUUGGGGUUGUACUGCAUGAAACGGUCGCCAGUCUGGUACUUCAACACCCGGGGCAUGUACGAGGCGUAUCCGCACAAGGUGCAAAGUGGUGAACUCAAGUUCUAUUACUUGGUCCAGGCUGCCUUCUGGACGCAGCAGGCCAUCGUGAUGUUGCUAGGGAUGGAGAAGAGGCGCAAGGACUUCAAGGAGCUUGUCGCGCAUCACAUUGUCACCAUUGCGCUUAUUUUCCUCAGUUACAGGUUUCACUUCACUUAUAUGGGCAUUGCUAUUUACAUCACGCACGACAUUAGUGAUUGGUUUCUUGCGCUAUCCAAAUCACUGAACUAUCUGGACAGUCCCCUCCAAGCAUAUUUUUUUGCCCUGUGUGUAAUUUCCUGGAUAUACCUUCGAAAUUACAUCAACCUGCGCAUCCUCUAUUCAAUCCUCACCGACUACCGCACCAUUGGCCCCUACGGAAUUGUCUGGGAAACAGAGCAGUACAAGGGCCCGCUCUCUACUGUGAUCACCUUUACACUAUUGGCUCUGCUCCAGUUGCUCAACAUAUUCUGGCUGUACCUUCUGCUGCGCAUCGCGUAUCGCUUCGUGGUCCAGGGACAUGCGAAGGAUGAUCGGUCGGAAGACGAGGAGUCGGAAGUAGACACAGCGAAACUAGACAGCGACGCCGCGGACAAGGCCGAGGCGCUUCCCUUAGACGGCAAUAGUGCGCGCGCGCUACCUACCAAGAGACGGAAGGCUAAAAAGACGUAAAUUUGUUGGGCCCUUGGCAUGAACCGCUUUGUGCUGAUGUCAUGCUGCCUCACAAGCUACAAGGGUCUGGUACCUAGAAAUCAUGCGCUCAAGAUGGGUUGAUGGGCUCUUUUACGAAAAUAGAAGAAAGAGGUGUUUGUCGACCUCGAGGUAUGACGCUCUGGUAAUAGAGUAUAUAAUGCAUAAUGUAUAAUGUUAGAAUUGAGCAAAUCGUACCUAUUUACUAAGCCCAGCCCUUUUGUUUACCUAGUAGUGUUCCCUUUCUCUUUAGUUGGUGGAUAUUAGCUAUGGAGUUUAACUCUCAUAGCCUCUUUAAC